AUGUACGCCCGUGGCGGUAUUCGAGCUGUCCUUAUGGAUGCUCUGCUAUUACUAUGUCUGGUCUCACAGGCUUGGGCCAUGCCCGUGGCUUCAAAAAGGAAUGCAACAAUCUCCUUGGCAGACACCGCACUGUAUCAAAUGAACAGACUGGCUCAAUCGGCUCUUGACUUGACACUCUACGGUCUCGAUAAUCGUUCUUUAACCUAUGACCGGGGCAGCUGUACCUUGGAGAAACUGCGAGUCCGUCGAGACUGGAGGGCUCUUUCGCACAGGGAAAGAAGAGCUUAUAUUGAUUCAAUCUUGUGUCUGCAACGAUUGCCCCCUCAGACACCUUCUGCUGUUGCUGCUGGAGCCAAGACUCGGUAUGAUGACUUUUUGGCUACGCAUAUCAACCAGACAUGGCAUAUUCACCGGACGGGCACAUUUUUGGCGUGGCAUCGGUAUUUCAUUUACACAUUCGAAGAGGCUCUUCGUAAUGAAUGUGGCUACGGCGGUGACCUGCCGUACUGGAACUGGGGUUCCGAUGUAAACUCCAUGGAGGAAUCUCCCUCUUUGAUGGAAGCGAGACAUCUCUAUCCGGCAAUGGCGUUUUCAUCCCAAAUCAACCAGACCUUCGAAUCCCCCUCGGCCACACCGAUGUCCCACCCCUCAUCCUUCCCACAGGCACAGGAGGGGGUUGCGUAA